AUGUUAGCAACAACACAACAAAAACAAUUUGACAGCUGUCAGUUUAGGGUCUGUGAAGAGAGUGAAAAAUUCAGUUAUACUGGAUCAAUUGGUGACGCUAUAGACAAUGUUCGUCUAAAAACAAGUCGCUCAAAUGUCAAUAUCGAAGCAGUGCAUGAGAGUAUUGGUGAAAAUCUAGGAACAUCAAUUCGGCAUCGUGGACAAGAAUUACAAAUUUUAAGAAGCUCUCUACAACAUAUACUCACUGAAGAAAGCCUAAUGACCAUGCACAGCGAAGAGAGUUCGUUGAAUGAAUUAGUGAACAUCAUAGUGAACAAGUGGAUACUGAUUUUUGAAGCGAUGAAGCACAUUUUCAUUUGA